GCCUCGUUCUCCAAACGUGCUGGGAUUAUAAGCGUGAGCCACCACACGUGACUGAAUAUUCAGUGUUUAUAAAAUCUACAUACAGUAGUACACAGUUGUGUCCUAGGCCAUCACAUUCCGUCACCACACACUCACUGUGACUCAUCCAGAGCAAUUUCUAGCCCUGCAAGCUCCAUUCAUGGGACACUUGACAUUCAUGGAUGUGGCCAUAGAAUUCUCCCAGGAGGAGUGGAAAUGCCUGGACCCUGCACAGCAGGCUUUGUACAAGGACGUGAUGCUGGAGAACUACAGGAACCUGGUCUCCCUGGGAAUCUGUCUUCCUGACCUAAGUAUUAUCUGCAUGUUGGAGCAAAGGAGAGAGCCCUCGACUCUGCAGGGUGAAGUUAAAAUCGUAAAAAUUCAAGAUGGAAGGGAAUGUGUCAGAAGUGUGAACACAGAGAGCAGCUCUGAAUUGGGAAGCAGCACAGGAAACAAAUGUCUUAAAAAUCAACUUGGAUUGACCUUUCAAUUACAUCUGAGCGAACUGAAGCUAUUUCAAGCUGAAAGGAAUAUUUCGGGAUGUAAACAUGUUGAAAAACCUAUCAAUAACAAUUCGUUAGUUUCACCACUUCAGAAAAUUUAUUCUAGUGCCAAAUCCCACAUUUUGAAUAAAUAUAGAACUGAUUUUGAUAAUUCUCCAUUACUCCCACAAGAAAAAAAAGCACAAAUUAGGGAAGAACCUUGUGAGUGUAAUGAGCACGGCAGAGUCUUUAGAGUGUCUUCAAGACUUGCUGACCAUCAAGGAAUCCAUACUGCAGAUAACCCUUACAGAUGUAAGGAAUGUGGCAAGGUCUUUGGUAGCAGCUCAAACCUUGUACAACAUCAAAGAGUCCAUACUGGAGAGAAGCCUUACAAGUGUCAUGACUGCGACAAGCUCUUCAGUAGAAUUUCACUCCUUGCACGACAUCAGAGAAUCCAUACUGGAGAGAAACCUUACAAAUGUAAUGAAUGUGGCAAAGUCUUCACUCAAAAUUCUCACCUUGCAGAUCAUCACAGAAUCCAUACUGGAGAGAAACCUUACAAAUGUAAUGAGUGUGGCAAGGUCUUCAGUCAAACUGCAAACCUUGCACGACAUCAGAAAAUUCAUAGUGGAGAGAAACCUUACCAAUGUAAUGAAUGUGGCAAAGCAUUUUCAGGGGGUUCAGGCCUUUCUGCUCAUCUCGUAAUUCAUACUGGAGAGAAGCUUUACAAAUGUAAUAAAUGUGGUAAGGUCUUUAGCCGAAAUGCACACCUGACCAGACAUCAAAGAAUCCAUACUGGAGAGAAACCUUACGAAUUUAAAGAAUGUGGCAAGGUCUUCAGGCAUAAGUUUUGUCUAACCACUCGUCUUAGAAUUCACACUGGAGAGCAACCUUACAAAUGUAACGAGUGUGGCAAAGUCUUCAGUUACAAUUCACACCUUGCACAACAUCAGAGAAUACAUACUGGAGAGAAGCCUUACAAAUGCAGUGACUGUGGCAAGGUAUUUAGUCGCCUUUCAUGCCUUACACGACAUCAAAGAGUUCAUACUGGAGAGAAACCUUAUAGAUGUAAUGAAUGUGGCAAGGAAUUCACUCGAAAUUCAAGCCUUGCAAUUCAUCACAGAAUCCAUGCUGGAGAGAAACCUUACAAAUGUAGCGAAUGUGGCAAAGUCUUUAGUCAAAAUUCACACCUUUCACGACAUAAGAAUAUUCAUACUGGAGAGACCUUAAAAUGUAAUGAAUGUGGCAGGGUCUUCAGCCACAAGUUAUACCUAACAAAACAUGAGAGAAGUCAUACUGGAGAGAAACCCUACAGAUGUAAUGAAUGUGGUAAGGACUUCAGUCGAAAUUCACACCUUGCAAAUCAUCACAGAAUUCAUACUGGAGAGAAGCGUUACAGAUGAAAUGUGUAUGGUAGCUGGGCGCGGUGGCUCAAGCCUGUAAUCCCAGCACUUUGGGAG